AUGGGCAUUCAGAUCCCGUGGUUGUUCGUGUGCGUCAGCACCGUGCCGGUCUUCAUGAUCUACACGAAAACAAAGCGUAUGGAUGCUCGCGAGAUGCACGAGAUUCAGAUGCGCAUCAAGUACCACUCCGAGUACUGGAAGAAGGGCAACGUCUUCGUGAAGGAAUUCCAGGACAAGGUUGCCACCCAGGUGAUGCGCACCGCUGAUCCGCUCGUGGGGAGGGACAUUGCUAGCAUCUCCGCCAAGGAGCUGGCCGCCGCGGAGAAUCCAGCGCGUGCACGACGAUGGCUUGUCUUUUAA